UUCAUUUCAUCCUCCUCUUCAUCCUCUGCCUCUAUGACCCUCCUCUUCAUCCUCAACCUCUAUGACCCUCCUCUUCAUCCUCUGCCUCUUUAAUCCUCCUCUUCAUCCUCUGCCUCUAUGAUCCUCCUCUUCAUCCUCAGCCUCUAUGAUCCUCCUCUUCAUCCUCUGCCUCUAUGACCCUCCUCUUCAUCGUCUGUGAGCAGUCAGACAGGAAGGUCUCUCUCUUGGCUCCGAGGGGGAACCAGAGAGCAGGAGAUGCUCUGAAGCCCCGGUCCUCACUCAGCCUCGACAGCAGACGCCUCCCGGCUGCUAUGACCCAGCAGAUGCAGAACCUGCAGCUGACCCAGACCAGGAGGUGCCCCGGCGGUCCGGCCUCCCCCAGCGCCGCCAAGCGCCUCUACAGGAACCUGUCGGAGAAGCUGAGAGGAAGCUCCUCCUCCUUCGAGGACGCGUACUUCUUCGGCAAGACGGACCGCCUCCGCAAGGCCUCGACCAUGCAGGGCAGCGACUGCCUCUUGGAGGCCGUGGAGCAGCAGGACCUGGACUCGGUCCAGGUCCUGCUGCUCCAGUUCCCCCCCGAGGAUCUGGACCUGAACACCCCCGGCAGCCAGGGCCUGACGCCGCUGGACAUCGCCGUGAUGACCGGCAACACGCCCGUCGCCAAGCUGCUGCUGAGGGCCGGCGGCAGGGAGGGGCCCCACUGCGUGAGCGUGGAGGCUCGGGAGGCCCACCUCAGCUCUCUGGUGGUGGAGGCCGACCUCGCCGCGCAGAGGGACGGCCUCUCGCCGGAGGCGUGUCACAAGGACAAGAUGCUGAGGACCUGGGAGGGGCGGAGCCUACUGUACCGCCGCAUGGCCGCCGGCCUGCAGCACGCACGUGCCCCGGAGGCCCCGUCUAUGGUCCGUCUGAGCGUGAGCAGCAGCACCUCCCUGAGCCUCAGCUUCCAGGAGCCCCGGAGCCUCCACGGCACCGUGGUGACCAAGUACAGAGUGGAGUGGAGCUGCCUGAAGGAUUUCUCUCUUCCCGCUGGAGAGGUUGUGUUGGAUAACCUUCAGACCCUCAAGAGCUCCAUCAGCAGCCUCACCACGAGCCUCCUGGGGACCCACAACCUGGGCCGGGUCCACUACGAGCCCAUCAAGGAUCGCCAUGGCAACGUGCUGCUGGUGACGGUGCGUGAGGUAGAGCAGCAGCUGCUCAGCAGGAGGUGGCUGCAGGUGAGCCGGCUGCAGAGCCACAGGAAGUCUCUGAGCACACCUGAGGAGCCGUACGCCCUGGACGUGCUGCUCCUCACGCUGCAGGACCUCCUGGAGUACCAGCGGCGCAGCAGCCUCCGCCUGCCUCCUGGUCUCUACCUGGGCUACCUGAAGCUCAGCAGCUCUGUGGACCAGAUCCGGGUCCUGGUCUCCCAGCGGACCCCCAACCUGCUGUGUCACAGCCGCGUGAGGGACAACGGCAACGUGUCCAGGGAGGAGUGGGACUGGAUCCAAACCCUGUCAGGUGACCAGGCCGAGGAGGCGGAGCCCUGGACAGAAAGCCACGCCCCUUUACUGUACUACGAGCUGCAGGCGUCAAUCAAGUCUCUGCUGAAGCAGCUGAACCUACCUCUGCCUCAGGCCCGUCUCCUGCGCCUCUACUCCCAGGAGGUGGUGGAAGUGGGUCAUGGCGUCUCCUUCCUGCUGCUGCUGCCAGCAGCUGAUGAUGUUUGCUCCGCCCCCGGACAGCCCAACCCCCACCCCCCCCUCUCAGGCUUCCUCCACCUCCCCCUGCAGAUGUUUGAGCUCGUUCACUUCUGCAGCUACAGAGAGAAGUUCAUCGGUCUGUUCUGCCGCCUGUCCUCCGUCCUGGACCUGGACGCCCUCAUUACCCAGCAGGCAUUGCGAGAAGCCAUCUCUGCCGACGAGGUGUCGGCGGCGAAGCAGAGACACCAGCUGAUCCUGGACUACAUCCAGCAGCUGGACGAGGUGCGGCGUGACCUGCGCUGGCUGAGCGGCGCGCUGCAGGCGGCCCGCGACAAGCGGCCGCGCGCCGGCGUCCCCGCCGGCCGCCUGCUGGACCGCGCCGCGCCGGAGAGAGGCUCCGCCUCCGACGCCGAAUACCGGCCCACGCCGACGCCCGAGCGCCGCCGGAGGCCGGCCGCUAGCGACUCGCCGCUCGGCGACGGAGACGAAGACGAAGACGAGUCGUCGGACGUCUUCCUGCCGACCGACAGCGACUACGACUCCUGCGACGCGCCGAGCCCCCGAGACCGGGACGCCUCGCCGCCACGCCGCCUCGCCCAGCAGCACUCGCUGGGCGGCAGCGCCCCGGAGGGGCUGCAGACCCACGAGCUCAGGUACAGCGUCUGCCCCCCCACAGACCCCCCCACGGGGCCCCACACAGACCACCACCCCCUCACAGACCCCCCCACAGGGCCCCCCACGCCCUCGCCCCUCCCCCGGUCCCCGGCUCUGGAGGUCCUCUCUCUGUCCCGGACCCCCCAGCAGGGCGUGGCCCCCCCGCCGAGGGCCCUCGCCAACCCCCCUACCAAACACAAGUGGCUCUCCCGGAGCCACCGGCCCCAGCACUGGCUCCGGGACCACGGCGGGGGGGCUUCCACGGGGGCCUUAUCCGAGGGGGUCUACACCAAGCAGCCGGACGCCACCUUCAUAAGCCACGCCUCCUGCGUCCUGGAGGGCCGCAAGGGCCGCCAACGGGGGCCACGGCCCCACGUCCGCAGGAUCUUUGUGGAGCCCUGCAAGGACCACGAGAGGAGGAGCUGGGAGGAGGUGGAGGAGGAGGGGGAGGAGCCAGAGGGAGGCGCCAUGCAGGACGUCGACUCAGACGACCAGACCAACGCUCAGGUGUCAGAGAUGAGCAGCUCGCUGUAGACCAGCAGGCGGUGCGUUCAGGGACCGCGGUGCGUUCAGUGAUGAUUGGUCAGACUCUUCAAACCUCUAGAGAAUUUAAACUAAAGUUGCUGGUUCAACUCCUCAAGAAGCCAAGGAGGCCUCGACUGUUACAAGAUAAACCAAUGCACUCCUCCUGCUGCUGCUCCUCCUGCUGCUCCUCCUCCUCCUCCUCCUCCUCUUCCUCCUCCUCCUCCUGCUCCCUCCAGGACCUUUGCACUCUGCAUAUCCCUCAUGAAUCUAUUUCAUUUGAGUUGUUGUGUCUCAACUUGAAGUGACUGUUCAGUCUUGUCUGUGUGUGGUUGUUGACCCUUGACCCUGACCUUGACCCUGACCUUGACCCUUACCUUGACCCUGAACUUGUCAUGGUGAGUUCAAGGACACACUGAAUAUAACCCAAAAGGUUCUCCUCAGAUUUAUGUUGUUGUUAAAACUCAUUUUGUCCCCAAAAGGCGAUAAAAACCCGAUUAGAGUUUAAAUCAUGAACAGAUAUCUUAUAUUUAUGUAUAUAUAUAUAUAUACACAUUAUAUAUAUACAUAAAAUAUAUAUAUUAUACUAUAUAUACUAGAGAUGCACCGAUCAGGUUUUUUGUGCCGAUCACCGAUCACUGAAAUCAGUAUCUGCCGAUCCGAUAAUACCGAUCACCGAUCACGGUGUCGAUUGAAGCAUUCUAUUUAUUGUGGAGCAUUAUUGCUAUGAGGACUAUGAGGAAAUACAUAUAUAAAGCACCUCAAACAUUAAAGAAAUUACCGAUUUCUUUAAACAUUUAGGACUUUUACUUUGAAAAAUGUCCUAAUUGAUACAUUAAAAUUGUUUGAUUUCUAUUGUAGGGGAUUUCAGAUAUGUAUGGAACACAUCUGCAUUAUUCAUUUCCUGGAACUCUUGGGGAAAUCCAUUUACAGGACUUUUCUUAACAUACAAAAGUCAGACUUAUUUUUAUAAUCUCUUCCUUGGUACAGUAACAAUGUUUUAAUGUGAGCAUAAUUUAAGCUAAAUCUCAGAAACGAUCUAUAAAGAUACAAAAUCAGUUCAUUGUUUACUUGUAUAUGUUCGUGUAUGAUUUGUCGACAUCUUAUUUUGAAAAACGGAUGUUUCACGUGGUUCUUUCCGCUAACUUUGCAAAACCCUCUCACUCCCGAUGGAAUGUGUUUAGCGUGAGCAUCUCUAGGGGCGUCUCUGAUAGUUUUUCUCACAGAUGUUACGUCAUCUGAUCGGCCGUUUUGAGAACGCCGAUCAAAACCGAUAAUGGGAAUAUCGGCCGAUAUGGAUCAGCGCCGAUCAGAUCGGUGCAUCCCUAAUAUAUACAUUAUAUAUAAUAUAUACAUAUAUUUAUAAUAUAUAUCUAUUAUAUAUAUAUAUAUAUUAUAUCUUUAUAUUAUAUAUAUAUAUAUAUAUAAUAUCCAUCCAUCCAUUAUCAAUACCGCUUAUCCUCAUUAGGGGCGCUGGAGCCGAUCCCAGCAUAUAAUAUAUAUAUCUAUAAUAUAAAUAUAUUAUAUAUAUAUUUAUAAUAUAACUAUAUAAUAUAAAGAUCGUCGCUACGGAGGUCCUAGAAUAAAUACUAUUUAGCAUAUUAAUAUAUAUGUUGUUCCUCAUGAGGUUGAUCGUCUUUACAAAGUUACGUUUAUAUUUAUAUUUUAAUUGUAUGACAUCAUAAUCUCAGAGAAUAUUCUAAUAAUUAGUUUUCACCCCACCGCACCAUAAAGGACCUCAUUAUGAAUAUAAAUAAAUAUAAACACCAAUGCUUCUAUUUGAAACAUGAUCAGCCUCUUGUGGACAAAACAAGUACUACAACAACAAACAGAGCCCCCCCCCCCACCCACGUGUUGGUGUGUGAAUGCAAAAAAUGUCUGCACGAUCUUUUAAAAGUUUCUAAUGUUUGCACAUUAUGGAAUAAAGCUAUUUGAAUAUUGGAUAUUGGGCAUUAACUGUGGCAGCUGAUGAUGAUGAAGAUGAUGAAGUAUUCAUUCAACGUGCAGGAUGUGUACUAAUACUACGAAGACCACACCUGUACUGUAGUACUGCUGUUUGUGAAGUUAAAGGAUUUAAAUACGUUUAUUUACCAGAGUUUGAAGACUAGAUGGAUUUCUAUGCUUCAUGUAUUAAAGCUGUAUUCUCUCUCCUGACCACCAGGGGGCGACUCCU